AUGCAAACACGGCGAGCGUCGAGCAGCGGCGGCAGCAGAAGUAGCAGCAGUGCCACCAGCGAUACCUCGAUGGUCACCGUGGCUGCGUCUCCAGCAGUGAAAAUUACUCAGUCCUCUUCGGCUAAAGCCACAGCCAAGAAGCGCACGCGACGCCAAUGUUCUCACGCCGACUGCACCAAGGUGGACGCUGGCGGAGGCUUCUGCGUCGGUCACGGCGGCGGCAAGAAAUGCUCGUUCCCAGGCUGCACGAAAGGAUACCAGACCGGAGGCUUCUGUAGACGGCACGGAGGUGGCGCGCGCUGUCAAGUGGAGGGCUGCGGGAAGGUGGACGCUGGUAGAGGCUUGUGUCGGGCCCAUGGGGGCGGCAAACGCUGUCAGGUGGUUGAUUGUCCCAAGGCUGACGUAGGUGGCGGGUUCUGUACGGCGCAUGGAGGCGGAAGACGCUGUUCGGAGCCAGGAUGCACCAAGAUUGACCAGGGAGGCGGCAAAUGUCGAGCGCACGGAGGAGCAAGGCGCUGUCGACGCAGGAACUGCCAGCAACCAGCCCGCGGCGCAACGGGAUUCUGUACGGAGCAUGGUGGGUCGCGUGUCUGCUCCGUGCAGAGCUGUAGGAGGCUUGUACGAUCACACAACGACACAGGAACGAUGUGCGCAACGUGCGCGAGGAGUCAAAAGCAGACAAUGGUGGCAAAACCUACGAAGAUCACGAAGCCCGACGAAAACGUAGCAGACAGUGACCGCUCCAGCGACAGCCCCAGAAACAACGCAGUAUUAACCCCACAAGGCUCCGGUGCAUCUGCGCUGGGAUCGUUUUCACCGCUGGCUUCAACACCAGUGAACUCGCGGUGCGACGGAUCUCAAAUGGCCAACUGCUUGGAUAAUGGUUGCUCGCGGAGCUUUGGUGGCGACUGUAAUUGUGCGGGUGAGAGCUGCACUUGCAAUAGUCCAACGUCAUUGACUACGUCUCGAGUUGUUCCCCAGCUCACGAGUAGCAACACCAUCGCCACAACCUCGAACCAGACGCUCGACCCAGACGAGUUUGAACCGUUGCUGAGAAGCAGCAGCGCGUCAACUUCGAGACCGCGAGCCACAAUGCUCCCGCGGUUCGAGCUCCAAAUCAAGCCGUUCUCAAGUCUAGUGGGGGUCGAAGCCAUCGCGUCCAUUCUAUCAACGAUAUCCGGGGUGAGGAGCGUUCACGUGGUGCCUGCUAGAACCAUUUCUGACGAGGUUCCGCUGUCGGAGAGCGAGUUACUUGGAACCAGUAUCAGCACCAACUCACAUUCAUCCCAGCGGCUUGUUAUCGUGCGGGGAGAGCAGUCGCUAGACCUCGAAGUGUCUUUGACGCCAUUGAGAAGUCUUCAGCUUGCGCACAUCAGCAUAGUCGCGCAAUCAUCAACAGCCUGGACCCGAAAAGAAGUGGUGUUGCGGGUGCCUGAUAUGAUGUGCCCUGGAAACUGCGGUACGUCGGUGCUCAACGCUGUGCGGGCUGUUGAAGGUGUGGAAGCUGCUAGACUGCGUUUCGAGCACCGCCAGGUCGUUAUACGUGGAGAUAUGAGCGUGAACGACCUUGCUACUGCAGUGACAGACAUCGGCUUUGACUCGAUCGUGGACGCAACGACGCUGUUGCCGCGAAGAUUUCGGUUCCGUGUUGAUGAUCUCAGCGACGUUGGACUGAACGGCGUCCGGCUCAAAAAUGCCUUGCAAGCUGUCGAGGGCGUUGAAAACCUAGUGCUUUUAACCGAUCGCGUUGAAGUGCUAGUGGUUGCAAUGCUUUUGGAUUCUUCUUCGCUUGUAGAAGCUGCUGAGAGUGUCGGCUUUGAGAUGCUGGAGUUGUCGGAAGAAGCCUGGGGUAUACCGAUGGAAGUGGUGCAACCUUCACUCGGGUCCUCGAAUGACGCUGAUCAAGCAAGUGCAGAUGACUACCACAAGUCUCAUCAGUGUGAUAUGAAUAUCUGUCCGCAAAAUGGAUGCCCAAGGUAUAUGACGACAGUAGCGCAUACUGCGGCGCUCGCUGUCGGUUGGGCUGUACCAGGCUGCGGCAUGUCGUCUGGGGGAGAAUGCACGUGCGGUGACAGCUGCAAAUGCGAGGGCUGCCCUGAGCAUAAUCCCGCAUCUUGA